CGCGCCUCGGCCGCCCUCCCUCUCCCCCUCUCCACUUCCCUGUGUUUUAUGUCUGCGUCACAACAAGUCGGUCGAGAAAGAGGCAGAGAUGAUGGCGUCUCUCGCGGCUUGAUUUCUCGUGCGAGCUCGUGCGACCGCGCGCAGCAGCGUCGAGCGGGAAGGGAAAAGGGGCAAAGAGCGGGCGCGCGAGCGAGCGAGACCGAGGGCGCGAGGGAGACGAAGACGGCAACAUGACGGCGCGGCGUCGCCAAACGCGGAGCGCGAGGGAGACGGACGGACGGACAGACACCUUCACACUGACGCCUUGACUGACACAUCCGUUUGGCACGGGCACACGCACACACACACACGCACACACACACACACACACACACACACACACACUCGCGCGCGCACGCACGCAUAGACGCGCGCGCGUGCGUUCGCACACUUAGAGUAAUUGCGAGGACGCGAAACACCGCAUAUAAGGCGUUUAAUGUCAAGCGCGCGUUGCUAUCGAUGUGACCCGGCACGGAGGAGUUCCACUUGACAGGAUGGGUGGAGUGAGUGAGGGAGAUGAUGUUCUGGCCCGAUGGAGUGAUGGACUGCUAUACCUGGGCAACGUCAAAAGAGUGGACGGAGUGAAGCAGUGCUGCUUGGUGAGGUUCGAGGACAACUCUGAAUUCUGGGUCCUGAGAAAAGACAUCCACUCUUUUUCUGCUGGAAUAGAGGAAGUUUGCUGCAUCUGUGAUGCCCCACCUCUUAAAGAACCUUUAGUAAACUGUCUCAAGUGUCGGCAUGGUUAUCAUCCGCAGUGCCACAUUCCACCUAUCGAACCUGAAGUUGACAGCAAUACUUGGAUAUGCCGGCAGUGUGUCUUUGCCGUUGCGACCAAGAGAGGGGGAGCGUUAAAACGAGGACGGUUUGCCCGCCUCAUGCAGAUGAUGAAGCAGAAGCUGCCUUACCAGCUUUCGACUUUGGACUGGGACCCUCAGCAUCUCACCAACCAGCAGCAGUGCUACUGCUACUGUGCUGGUCCAGGGGAGUGGAACUUGAAGAUGUUGCAGUGCAGCAGCUGUGGCCAGUGGUUCCAUGAAGCUUGCACCCAGUGUCUGACCAAGCCCCUUCUGUACGGCGAUAGGUUCUAUGAGUUCCAGUGUUCGGCGUGUACAAAUGGACCAGAAACUAUUCAAAGACUACCAAUGAGCUGGGUAGAUUUGGCCCAUUUGGUGCUUUAUCAUCUUUCCCUGUGUUGCAAGAGGAAGUAUUUUGAUUUUGACCAUGAAAUUCUGUCCUUUACCAACGAGAACUGGGACUCCUUGCUUCUGGGAACGCUGUCAGACACACCGAGGCAAGAUCGCUGUCACAAUCUUCUCAACGCUUUAAACUCCCAUAAAGACAGGUUCGUGUCCGGUAAAGAAAUAAAGAAGAAAAAGUGUCUCUUUGGACUACAAGUUCGUGCUCCUCCACCUUUGUCCUCUGACCUGUCACCGCUCAUCACUGAUCCUCCCAUCAACAUUUCACACAGGAGAAGUCCUGUGUCUUUGCCGUGCCAGAGAAAAGCGGCGGAGCCCGAGACACGCAAGUCCAAGCGCCGCAUCAUUGAGACACAGCCCCGUCCACAAGGUGUGGCAGCCAAUCCAAUCGAUCUGGUGCCCUGUUACCAUGGUUACGCAGGUGCGACUGGCCUCUACAACUCCAGGAAAUCAGAGGAUGAAUUGAACUUGGGAUCUCCCCCUAAGAGAAUGUUUGCCGUCUAUCACCCAUCGUACAAUGGAACACAAAACAUCUCCCGAGCCCUGCAUCAUUUCAGUGUGGAGGACCCCUGUAGCCUUCCACCUCCCUGCCUCCCCUUCUCUCGGCCCUCUGCCCACCAGCCCGGCCAAAAAGCAGACCCAUAUCCCUCGCUCUUCCUGCGUGAUGUCACAUCCUACUCCGGGGGGGGUGCGGGGGAGGGGUCAGUGCAGGAGCGGGGGUGGGGUGGCGGGGAAGCCGUCAGGAUUUUGGCGCGACGCAUAACACCAGACGGGAAGGUGCAGUAUCUUGUGGAGUGGGGAAAUGUGAGCGUGUACUGAAAGGGAGAGGAAGCGAUACGGACGGUGUGUCAGACUGCGUACAACACAGGUUAGCACCCUGGGACUGAGGGGACGAACGAGAAGUACUGCAAAGCGAAGAAAAUGGAUAUAAAUGCGGCAUCCUCGGAGACGGCUCAGUCGUGAAGCAGGUGCUGAGGAAGCAGAUGAUGUUGCAUGACUGAAACAUCUUCAAGAGCUGCACAAAGCCAGGAGGAUAUAUCAUGCCAACAAAGUAACUGCUUCAUGUCCCUAUCAUUUAUAUUUCCUCCUCUGUUUUCUAUGUCUGUCUUGUCUCAAUAAUUCACUGUAUAUCAC